AUGAAACUUCCAGGAAGAAUACUUUCUGAACUUCCGGUCCAGGCCCAAUGGGAAUUGUUCCAAGAACGCCUCCUCGCCGAGCAGCAGAGACGGCCGGUCAACUACCAACGGCUGGCGCAUCUGAAAUUAACACCACGACAGAUUGAGGCCAACAAUGCCCUGGUCGCCGGGGUCGUGCAGAAAAAGUUUGGCUUCCGUUCC